GGCUGAGGAGGAGGAGGAGGAAGGCCAGACGGGACAGGGUCAGUCUCAGAGCCAGGGGAAGGCCUCCAGUAGCUCCAGUUCGGAGGAGGAGAGCGAAUCGGAGAGCGAUGCAGAGUCUGAGAAAGUGAAAAGCCGAGAAAUCAUAAACAACUUGAACAACAAACGCAACACCACCAGCCUGCUUCCUACCUCCAUGUCAACGAGUACUGCUGCAAGCCAUUUGAAAAAGGACCCAAGCAAGCCCCCAGCCACUGAGGCCCCUGGCUCCUGGAGAACGUCUCUGAGGAAGGCAGGCAGCUCGGUGACUCUGGGUUCAGCUGGACUAGCCGACUCCAGCCAGGACGCCAGCAGACCUCUAGACACUGGCCUGGGAAUGACUCGCUCUGCCUCCAGCCCCCGCCUCAGCUCUGAGGCUGACACCAAGGAGCCGAGGCUUGCUCGGGUACCGCCCAUUCCAACACGGAGACUAUUCAGUAUUCCAGACAGCAGCCCUGACAACUCCAACAGUUGGCUAAGCCGUAGCUCCUCUUACACCCGGCGCCUUCAUAGUCAUUCAGGGAAUGAUCUCACUAGUUCCACCCCCUCUUUGCUUCACAGCUCAUCUUAUGGAAAGAGACUGGAUGACCCCACUGUGACCUCAGCUAGUACAGGAACAAGCUAUGCAGGACUCAGCCGCCUUAAUAGUGUCUUGGCCCAGAGACUUCCUCAGGAACAGACAGAAAAGAAGGAUCUUUCAGCUGUCUCCAACUCUCAAAGCACAACUACAGGCGAGCAGGAGACCAAGCAGAGACGCAA